AUGGCUUCUUCAUCUCUUUCCCAUCUUCGCUCUCUUCUGCUGCUGCUUCUUCUUCUUCUUCAUGUCCUUCCAGCAGUGUUAGCAAUCAGUACAUCUGAUUGUAACAUUACACUGGGCUCAUCUCUAUCAGCAGGAGACAACAAUCCUCUUGGGCAAUCUCCAUCAGGUGAAUUUGCCUUUGGAUUUCUUCGUCUUGGAGGACCACAAGCUGAUGAAGAUCUCUUCCUUCUAGCCAUCUGGUUGGCUAAAAUACCUGAGCUGACUGUAGUUUGGUCGAGGAAUGAAAAUCCAGUGCCCCGAAAAUCAAAAAUCACGCUAACCAAUGGUGGGGAGCUUAUACUGUAUGAUAGCAAAAACACAGAGCUUUGGAAGGCUUCUUCAAGUUCAACCAAUAAUAACAAACCCACUUGUGCUGCUAUGCUUGACUCAGGCAACUUUGUGCUUAUAAACGAGGAUUCUACUCCAGCGUGGGAGAGCUUCAAUGAGCCUACUGACACAAUCUUGCCAGGCCAGACAUUAAAAAUAGACAACCCCCUCAAAUCUCGCCAAUCAGACACAAAUUACACCAACGGGCGGUUCCAGCUCCAUAUGCAGGGUGAUGGCAAUCUUGUGCUUUACACUGUCUCUCUCCCAACAGAAGUCAUCUAUGGUGCUUAUUGGGCUACUGGAUAUGUGAAACCCGUAUCUGAAUUCCAAUUGAUCUUUAAUCAGGAUGGAUACAUUUAUAUUGAACAACGGAAUCAAAAUGUAUUCAAUCUCACACAAAAAGGUGGGGGUUCGAGCCGUGAUAAUUAUCUGAUAGCCAGGAUUGAUUAUGAUGGUGCAUUUAGACUAUAUAAGCAUCCAAGAAAUAGCUACACCACGGGCUUUGGAAGCUGCAGUUCAUCCUGGUCUGUCAUUGAAACGUUUCCACAAGACGUGUGCAUGAUCACGGGAACUCUAGGCAGUGGGGUUUGUGGAUUCAAUAGUUAUUGUGUCAGUAAUAAUGGGAGGACAAAUUGUUCGUGCCCUGAAGGGUACUCUUUCGUGGAUCCAUUUAACCUUCUGAUGGGCUGCAAACCAAAUUUUCAACUGCCUAGCUGUCAAAAAGAUGGAUGGGAAACAAAGUUUGAUCGUAUAGAAUUCAAAGAAUUGAAUAACACAGAUUGGCCCUUGGCAGAUUAUGAACUUCAGACCGGGGUAGAAGUUGAUAAGGAGACAUGUAAACGGUAUUGCCUCAUUGAUUGUUUCUGUGCAGCUGUGAUCCAUAAUGGGAAUAAUUGUUGGAAGAAAAAAUAUCCCCUUUCCAAUGGAAGACAAUCUUCAGGUGUUAAUAGAACUGCUCUGAUCAAGGUACCCAUAGGAGAUGCAAAUCAAUGGCAAUAUAAAAAAGACAAGUCCACAUUGAUCCUUGUCGGGUCACUCCUACUUGGCAGCUCUGUAUUUCUUAAUUUCCUUCUGUUGUUAGCUGUAUCAGUGGCGGUUUUCAUCUCGUAUCAUAAGAAAAUGCAGGAUUUGCAGUCUGGUAUGAACACGUUUGGGAUGAAUGUAAGAAGGUACACAUACAAAGAGCUUGAAGGGGCAACUGGUGGGUUCAACUCCAAGCAACAACUGGGGAAAGGUGGUUUUGGAACGGUUUACAAAGGUGUUUUGCCAUCAGAUCCAACGAGGUUUGUAGCUGUGAAGAAAUUGGAUAAGAUAGCACAAGAAGGCGAGAAGGAAUUCAGAACAGAAGUAAAUGUAAUUGGUAAAACUCACCACAAGAAUUUAGUCCGUUUGCUUGGUUACUGCGAUGAGGGGGAGAACCGUCUCUUAGUAUACGAGUACAUGAACAAUGGAUCCUUAGCAAGCCUUCUGUUUGGGAUCUCCAGGCCAGAUUGGAACCACAGAGUUCAAAUUGCAUUCGGAGUUGCAAGAGGGCUAAUGUACUUACACGAAGAGUGCAGCACACAGAUCAUCCAUUGUGAUAUAAAGCCUCAGAACAUACUCUUAGAUGACAACUUUACUCCUAGAAUUUCAGAUUUUGGACUAGCAAAGCUCUUGUUGGUUGAGCAAAGUCGAGCUGCACGGACGGCCAUAAGAGGGACAAUCGGUUACUUUGCACCCGAAUGGUUUACAAAAGUGUCUAUCACAGUUAAAGUUGAUGUUUAUAGUUUCGGGGCAAUGUUACUAGAGAUCAUUUGUUGCAAGUCAAGCGUUCAAUUUGCAAUGGGGCAAGAAGAGGAAGCACUAGUAGAUUGGGCCUAUGAUUGCUACUACAAAAAGAAGCUCGAUAAGUUGGUUGAAAACGAUGAAGAAGCAAGGAAUGACAUGAAGAGGCUAGAGAGGCUGGUGACGGUGGCAAUUUGGUGCAUUCAAGAGGAUCCUUCACUAAGGCCCUCAAUGAGAAAGGUUACACAAAUGCUUGAGGGAGUUGUUGAAGUUUCUAUUCCUCCACGUCCCUCUGGUUUUAGUUCUUCUUGAACUAUUAGCCUUUCAUUUUAUCAGACCAUUUGUGUAAACAUAGGCAACUUUUAUGGUUCCCCAUUUAAGAAUGGAUUCUUGAAAGCUUUUCUUUUAUUUAUA